CUUCGAUCCGGUUCAGUUAGAUAGCCGCUUUUCACAUAAAUGAUAAAACAAAGAAACGACCUUCACAGCUUCACCCUUUCCUCUCCCGCUUCUAGGGUUCCGCUUUCCGCCCACACUCGCCGGCGAUGGCGAAUCGCACCGACCCCGCGGCAAAGAGCAUAAGGGGAACGAAUCCGCAGAACCUGGUGGAGAAAAUCGUUCGCUCGAAGAUCUACCAGAACACGUACUGGAAGGAACAGUGCUUCGGAUUGACAGCCGAGACUCUCGUGGACAAGGCGAUGGAGCUCGAUCACAUCGGUGGAACGCACGGCGGUACCAGGAGACCGACUCCCUUCAUCUGCUUAAUCCUGAAGAUGCUCCAGAUUCAGCCGGAGAAGGACAUCGUGGUCGAGUUCAUCAAGAACGACGACUACAAGUAUGUCCGCGUACUCGGCGCGUUCUACCUCCGGCUUACCGGCACAGACAUCGACGUCUACCGGUAUCUGGAGCCGCUGUACAACGACUACCGCAAGCUGAGGAUGCAAUCGGCCGAUGGAAAAUUUGUGUUGACCCAUGUGGAUGAGGUGAUUGACGAGCUGUUGACGAAGGACUACGCCUGCGACAUUGCUAUGCCCCGUGUGAAGAAGAGAUGGACGCUAGAGUCGCAUGGCAUAUUAGAACCAAGGAAGAGUGUAUUAGAAGAUGACUUUGAAGAGGAGGAAGAGAAAGAGGAGAAUGAGCAGAUGGAUGGAGUAGAGAAUGGUGGCAAUGAUGAGAAGGAUUACCACCAUGGGAGAAGCCCCACGAGAGAAAGGGAUAGAGACAGAAGACCGGAUAGUCAUCGCUACAGGUUCGCCUCUUACCUUUUGCAGAUUGGAAUUCGUUUCAUUUUUGGAAGCCGUUGGUGGCUUAACUGCUUCCUACAGGACCGUGACUAUGAUAGAGACUAUGAUAGGGACCGUGGCCGUGGACGAGAUAGAGACAGGGACCGAGACCGAGACAGAGACCGAGACAGGGAUCGGUAUCGCCUAAGAGACGAGAAGGACUACGGUCGCGAGAGAGACCGCGACCGUGAUAGAGAGAGGGAAGGCAGGGACAGAGAGAGGCGAGGCAGGGACCGUGGUGGUGGGAGACGGAGGAGUCCAUCAAGGAGUCGGAGCAGGAGUAGAGAUCGGAAGAGGCGUAGGAGCCCCAGCCCCAGAAAGAACGAAGCAGAGGAGACCAAGAAGAAGGAAAAGAAGACGAGUGAGAAGAAGGAGAAGAAAGAUGAUGGGACGGAUCAUCCGGAUCCCGAGAUUGCAGAAGCCAACAGAAUCCGUGCAUCUCUAGGUUUGAAGCCACUGAAGUGAGGCUUUUUUCUGUUUGCUGCAAUCUUUGUCGGCAUAGUUGAGUACGUGCGAUGAGUGUUUUGGUUUUCUGCUGCACAUAUUUGUAGUUUAUGAGCUUCGUCUUUAGAGUUGAGUGUUCUCUAAUUGGAUUAGAGAGAACUGUGUUAUUGCCAUGUACCUGUGUAUCAUCCUUUACAUGUUCUAAUCAUCUACUACUGGUCACAGAAACUACUGCUAGAAACAGGUUAACUUCCAAUCUGAGCUCUCCCGAAUGAGUAGCCUUGUAGCAUUGUCGUCGUUCACUCAUAGGUUCCCAAUCAUCCACCUGAGAACCUUAUUCCCUCUUCACUUCCAUUUUCAUUUCUUGUUUUUUGUUUUCAUGUCAUAAAUUUGGCAAUCGAAACGAGAAAACUUGUUUACUUUUUAUUC